AUGCCAUUGCGGUGGCGCGGGGGCUGGCUGGGCGUAAAUACUCGUUCCACUGCCUUUCGCCGGCCAGGAUGGAUGCUGCUUGGUCUAUGGGCAAUAUGGCUGGUGACGGCGAAUGCCAUGAUGCCUGCCAGAAUCGCGGAAUUACGACAGGAAACGGUCUCUAUGUUCUAUCACGGCUAUGACAAUUAUAUGAACAUCGCCUUCCCGGAAGACGAGCUACGCCCUAUAUCCUGCAUACCUUUAACUCGAGACUCUCAAAACCCCCGCCAUGUUGAGCUGAACGAUGUCCUUGGGAACUACUCACUCACCUUGAUCGACAGCCUCUCCACACUAGCAAUAUUGGCAUCCGCCCCUCCGGAUGAAAUGAAUACAGGAGCUAAAGCACUUCACGACUUUCAAAAGGGUGUGGCCUCACUGGUUCUACAAUACGGGGAUGGUUCAAGCGGAUCUGCCGGAAGGGGGUUACGAGCCCGCGGUUUUGACCUUGACAGCAAAGUACAGGUCUUCGAGACGGUCAUCAGAGGCGUCGGUGGACUGCUCAGUGCCCACUUGUUUGCAUCUGGAGAGCUUCCAAUAAAUGGAUAUAAACCUCGGCAUGUUCGGUCUUGGAAAGGGAAACCCAAAAUUGGAGAAACUCCCCCCAUUGCAUGGCCAAAUGGGUUCAGAUACGAUGGCCAGCUCUUGCGACUUGCUCUUGAUCUUGCACAGCGUCUUAUCCCUGCUUUUUACACGCCUACAGGCAUGCCAUACCCAAGGGUCAAUUUGCGAUACGGAAUUCCAUUUUAUUUAAAUUCUCCUCUCAAUAAAGGCUCUAGUCCAGCCGAGAAUGCUCAAGAUGACUCGCCCGAGAUUACCGAAACCUGUAGUGCUGGAGCUGGAAGCUUGGUUCUGGAAUUCACUGUGUUGAGUCGACUCACCGGAGAUCCUAGAUUCGAGCAAUUGGCAAAACGUGCGUUUUGGGCUGUGUGGAAUAGUAGAAGUCGAAUAGGUCUUCUUGGGGCUGGUAUUGAUGCCGAAAACGGUCAAUGGAUUGGGCCUUAUUCUGGAAUUGGGGCUGGUAUUGACAGCUUUUUUGAAUAUGCAUUAAAGACGCACAUACUCCUUUCCGGGCACGGGAUGCCCAACACCACAAUUCCAUUCAAAACACCAACCUCGUGGCUUGAUCCAAAUACUCUUUACAGGCCAUUGACUGAUGAAGAGAACUCCCCAGAAGCUUUCCUGGGAGCCUGGCACGAAGCCCAUGCAGCAAUAAGACGGCAUCUCUACAGUGGUACUCAUCAUCCUCAUUACGUCAAUGUUCACUUGAGCACGGGCUCACCGCAGGCAUAUUGGGUUGACAGUCUGGGGGCAUACUAUCCUGGAUUGUUGGCAUUAGCAGGUGAGGUAGAGGAAGCCAUCGAGACGAAUCUACUAUACACGGCAUUGUGGACCCGCUAUUCCGCACUACCGGAGCGCUUUUCUGUUCAGCACAGCCAAGUAGAAGGGGGUCUAGGUUGGUGGCCUGGUCGCCCCGAGUUUAUCGAAUCCAAUUAUCAUCUAUACAGGGCAACCGGAGAUCCAUGGUAUCUUCAUGUGGGUGAGAUGGUUUUAGAGGAUAUCAAACGACGCUGCUGGACUAAGUGUGGUUGGUCUGGUCUUCAAGACGUCCGCACUGGUGAAAAGAGUGAUCGAAUGGAAAGCUUCUUCUUAGGAGAAACCGCCAAGUACCUCUACCUUCUCUUCGACCCGGAGCAUCCAUUUAACUCUCUUGAUGCGGCAUAUGUAUUCACGACUGAAGGCCAUCCGCUAGUCAUUCCCAAAGAAAAAACACCUCUUAUCAUCAGACGCGAGGCGGCUAGAACUAAAGAAGUUCAACCUCAUUCUGGCAUCGAAGUAAGAGACACAUGUCCUGUGGCGCCGCCUGCGAUACCGUUCUCCAUUUCAUCAACGGCUGCAAGACCUGAUGUCUUUCACGCAUCCAGUCUGAUUGGUCUGGAUAAUGUACCAAAUUUACAUGCAAAGGACACAGUGGACGUAGGGACUACGAAGAAUGGCAAGCUGAAGAAAGGAGUUUCGGAAGCAAAGGUUGUAAGAAACCAUACUUAUUACCCCUGGACCCUUCCAGAAUCUCUGAUGCCCUCCAACGGAACAUGCAAUAUGCUUCCCCUGAGAACGACGUUUACCAUCGAAUUUCCAUCCAACGCACCCUUGCCUACGCCCUCGGGGCCAGCCAAUUUCAUCAUGUUCGGUCCUCAAGGUCUUGUUCGAUGGCAGGGAGGCAUUCUCGUAGAAAGUCUCUCUGGACUGAAGAUGAGCAUGGUUUAUGAAUCUCCCUCUCCAUUCAAAAGCAUGUCGGGGCAACUGAUGGAGUCCUGGCGAAUUUGGAACAUUGGCAACUGGCCUCUAGGCCGGGACGAGCAAAUCUUCAUCUCCCGCGACGUGAUAGGAGCAUGGAACGACCCACACUUCACUCGCAUCCGAGACUCAAUGAUGCUCGAUAUUGUCGUGCAGCUCGAGAACUCAACGGCCACAAAUGAAAGUUUAGACAGCUUUGAGGACUUCUACACCGAAGAAGAUGAAUUCAAUGAAGGCCCAGAAUUACUUUUCGACGACGAUGACGAACCUAUUAGUAAUGCCGGAAUUGCUGCCGAAUAUAAAACUAUGCUCUCAUCCCUUUUCCAUCAUGUAACCUCCGCACUCCGGGAUCCCGUGGCUACUAUCCUUCCCCAGCCAGCGAUUCCACAGACUUAUCAGUCCCUCCAAUUCCCCGCUAUCACGCCAACGGGGUUGGGUGCUGCACCCAUUGGCGACGUACCUGAAGCACCAAACCCAGACGUCCCGAGUGCGGAGCCGUUGAUCUGGCAGAGCAUCUAUUUCGCCGGCGAUGCCUGUGGUGGCAAACUGCCGGACGAGGCUGCGAGAAACCACCAAGUGAUAGUCAUACUUCGCGGCGGUUGCACAUUCCAAGAUAAAUUGACCAAUAUUCCCACCUUCUCGCCUUCUUCCCGGAGUCUCAAGCUUGUUAUAAUCAUUGACAACGAAGCUGGCGAUGAUGAAGACGUGUUGGGUAAUAGUCUGUUCCGGCCGCUACUGGACAAAGCACAGGUGACGCCGAGUGGAUUGCUUAGAAUGCAUCCUAUUCCGAUGGUGUUCAUGGCAGGUGGGGAGGGGACUGUGAAUUUGUUGAAGAGGAGUAGGAGUAUAGGGCUCAGGAGACGCUAUCACAUUGAGAGUCAGGGAAAAGUGGUGGGGAAUAUACAUAUCCUAUGA